AUGGCUGCCCUUGAGGAGAGCUACUUUGCACUGGGCGAGGAGGUCAUGCAGGCGGGCUUGGACUUGGACAAGGAGGAAAAGUUUCGGGAUCUCUUCGAUGACCUGCUGGCGAAGCGAGAGGACGUGCGAAGGGCCGCGCAGAGGAGCACGAGAGCGUACGUGCCACGCAGCCGAAAAGCCAGAAGGAGCCACCGGGAGUUGCCGCCCAUGACGGAAGAUGAGAUCAACUUGCUGCAUGACGUUCGGCGAGUGAUCAAGGCGUGGUCCGGUCAGUGGAUUCCUUUGUCUCAGCUGCUGGAAGAUGCCAAGAUCAGGAGGGCUCGGUGGAAGCUUCCGGCCGGCUUGGCGCUUUGGGAAUGGCUUUGCCUGCGCUUCGGCGACCAGCUCACCACAGUCAACGAGUCAUCGGACAUGCUGCUACAGCUGACAGAUGACGGUUCUCCGGACCACUCUCUGAGUCUCGAGGAGCGCCGGCAAGAGCUCUCGAUGGCGGUCUUCGAGACACUGGCGGUGCUGCAGAGGGACUUCCCCGGAGGAGGGGGUCUCAGCCUGGAUGACCUCCAGCGCAUCCCAGCGCUUGCAGUUCGGGCGGGCAGCUUUGAUGCAGGCCUUGAGCAAGAUGAAGACCGUGGAGGUGUCCAACCCGCGAGGGCAGCUCAUGGUGCGGCUGCGAACAGACCCCCAGGAGCGGCAGCUCAAGGAGGGCGAGGCGAAGCCGGAAGCGGCGACUUCCCACCGCGAAGUCCCAGGAGUGCGGUCGCCUGCGCCUCUGCAGGCUGCGGCCAAGACUCCGCCAGGAGGCCUGCACCUCUUGAAAGAUGA